AAACAUGCUGUCAUGCACAAAGACUGUCUCAGCUCCCUCAGGCAUUGCAGGACCAGCAUAAAAGCCGGCCCAGCUCCCCACACCCUCUCUCCCUUCCUCUCCUCUCCCCUGCCAGGGCCCCUCCACACCACAGACAUGGCCUGCUACGACCUCUGCCGCCCCUGCGGACCCACCCCGCUGGCCAACAGCUGCAACGAGCCCUGUGUCAGGCAGUGCGAGGACUCCCGCGUCGUCAUCCAGCCUUCCACCGUGCUGGUCACCCUGCCAGGACCCAUCCUCAGCUCCUUCCCCCAGAGCACCGCCGUCGGAUCCUCCUCAUCCGCUGCCGUGGGCAACGUCCUCAGCGCCCAGGGAGUGCCCGUCUCCUCUGGGGGCUUCGGCUACGGCCUUGACUACGGCUUCGGAGGCCUGGGCUGCUACGGCAGAGGAAGAGGCUGCAACAUCUGCUAA